UUGGAGCACUAUAUAUGCAUGAAGCCGCUCUUGUAGCUCUCCAUAGGCAGUGGUGGGUCACUUGUGAAACAGGAUAUUUGCAUACUAUUUUCUCUUCUUUUCUUUUCUUUCUUCACAGACACAGAAACAAACACCUACAGAUAUGGAGAUUGAGAAGGAAAUGGAGCUUUCAAAAUUCAAGAGAAUUUGUGUGUUUUGUGGUAGUAGUCCUGGAAAGAAGAAUAGCUAUAAAGAUGCUGCUAUUGAGCUUGGAAAAGAAUUGGUAGCAAGAAAUAUUGAUCUGGUUUAUGGAGGAGGAAGUAUUGGUUUGAUGGGAUUGAUUUCUCAAGCUGUUUAUAAUGGUGGCCGCCAUGUGAUUGGAGUUAUCCCCAAGACUCUCAUGCCAAGAGAGAUAACUGGAGAAACAGUAGGUGAAGUCAAGCCGGUUGCUGAUAUGCACCAAAGGAAAGCAGAGAUGGCUAGACAUUCUGAUGCCUUCAUUGCCUUACCUGGUGGGUAUGGAACCCUUGAGGAGCUUCUUGAAGUCAUAACUUGGGCCCAACUUGGCAUCCAUGACAAACCGGUGGGAUUGCUAAAUGUAGAUGGAUAUUACAACUCCUUAUUGUCAUUUAUCGACAAAGCAGUAGAGGAAGGUUUUAUUAGUCCAAGUGCUCGCCACAUCAUAGUGUCUGCCCCUACCUCACAAGAGUUGGUCAAGAAAAUGGAGGAGUAUUUUCCACGGCAUGAAAUAGUUGCCUCAAAGCUCAGUUGGGAGAAUGAACAAUUAGGAUACUCUCAAACAUGUGAAAUUUCAAGAUGAAGAGAUUUCAAAUAUUGGAAGACAAAUCCAACGUAGAAUAGGGAUUUUGGUAAUGAAAUUGGACUAAUUUACAUGACCAAUAUGUUCUCAAAUUGUUUUUUUUUUUUUUUU